AUGCACACUUUCUUGGGAGGAAGUACAGGACUGGGAGAAGGCCGGGUGUGGACUUCGUGUGAAGACUGUUUGCAAAGGCUGGAGGAGGAGGAGGAGGCGGCUGCUGCUGCGGGGGAAGUGUGGGGCGGCCUAGCGGUCCCCGGGGCGCGCCCGGGCCACCCCCGCGGGGCGAGGGGGCGCGCCGAGCCCGCCGCGCCUCUACGCCAGCCGCAGGCCCCGAAGCGCGCCGGCCGCGGCCUGGGCCGCUCGGUUGCCAUAGCGACGCGGGAGACGCGCGGCCGGCAACGCGGGAGACGCGCGGCCGGGCCUGCGCCGCGGCCUCGCCGUGACCGUCGGGGGCCGGGGGAGGCCUGCGGCGGGGCGGCCGGGGCCGCGGCCAUGGCGGCGCCUCCCUCCGUGCCCGCUUUCCAGUUCCGCCCGCGGCAGGGCAGCCCGGACUGGCGCCGCCUGAGCGCGCUGGACGUGGGGCGGGUGGCGGCCGAGCUGGACGUGGCGGCCCUGCAGGAGCACCUGGAGCACGUGGCCUUCUGCAGCGCCGAGCGGGAGCGCUGCCCGCGCUGCGGCGCCCCCGCCGACCCGCUGCUCCUCAAGCUCUUCCGCCUCGCCCAGCUGUGCCUCGAGUACCUGCUCCACUCCCAGGAACACCUGGCCGCCCGCCUGCGCGACGCCCUCGCCCACCUGGACCGCCUGGCCGCACACCUGGCCCGCAAGGACCGCCUGGCCCGCGGCCUCAAGGACGAGUGCCGCCGCCGCCGCAGGAUGAUCAGCGCCCAGCAGGUGAUGCUGCAGGCCGGCGCCGCCUGCCACCAGUGUCAAUUCUGUGAAAAAAGUUUUAUGAACUAUUCCUUCCUGCGCAAUCAUUUGCAGCGUCGCCACGCCGAAGAAUCACACAAUGCAGAUCAGAAAAAGAAAGCACAGACAGAUAAACUACAGGAGGAGAUUGACAAGCUGAAGGAUCAGUUGCAGCUCACCAGGACACAGUUAGAAGCCGAGCAGCAUGCUCAUAUGGCCAAAUUGACUAAGGAACAUGAGGAGCACCGGUCAAAAGAGGAGGAGUUUCGGCACUUGUUCCACAGAUGGAAAGAAGAGGAAAAAGAAAAACUGGCCACCGAGUUAGAGAAAGUAAAAGAGAUGUUUAUGAAGGAGUUUAAAGAGCUAACUGCAAAGAAUACAGAGUUGGAAAACUAUCUGAUAGAAUUACAGAAGUCCAACAAACACUUGAAAUCCAAUUUAGGCUCAUUAAAAGACAGCUAUGAAUUUACGGAAGAGAAACCUCGGAAUGCUGCAGACGACCAGAAUGUAAUUCAGCUUCUUGAAAGACAGGAAACUAAAUGGGCGUCCAAAGUACAAACUCUUCAAGAAGAACAUGAAGAUGAAAAACACCAGCUUCUGUCCCAAAUUGAGAAGCUCAAGGUAUCAGUGACCGAGGACCUGAACGCAAGCAACGCCUUUUAUAAGAAGAGGAUAGAAGAACUGGGGCAGAGGCUUCAGGAGCAGAACGAGCUUAUUAUCGCACAGAAGCACCAGAUACAAAAAUUGGCUACCAAGUCAGUAGAAAGCAUCAAGCUGUCUGAUGCAAAAACUUCAGCCCCGAAUGUCGUCCCGCCUAAGUCAAGUCUGCCAUCUGUGCAUGAACAGGCCCUUUUGGUGCACAUGCUGGAGCCCAUAGAGGAGCUUCCAGAGGAUGAAAAAGAAACUGAGAAAAGCGAGUCCAAAAUAGGGAAGAAUAAACACCAUAUUAUAAACACUUUGAAGAAUAACUCUUCUUUAACAAAAGAGCUGAGAGCGAUAUUGGAGCAGACCCUAACGGAAAAGUUGGAAUCCUUGGGAAUUAAAUCAGGAGUCCAUGGUAUCCCCAGCGAUCAUUUGACCAGAGUCUUAAUGUCUGUGGAAUCUGCUCGAGAAGAGAGAAAGAAAGAAGUUCCCAACAUUCAGCACAUUCGCGAACAGUUGGAACGGCAAGUCAGCUUCAGAGUGGCGGAGCGGGCGUCUUGCAGCCGGAUUUUUUCCAGCCCUCAUCUUUCUUCAGAAGUGAGGCAGAAGGGCUAUCAUAUAGGAGGUUCAUUAUCCACAGUGUUACCCAAACCAGCAAAACGCUCGUUUGCCAAUCGCCUGAAUGUACAAAGAACAAUCGUUGCAGAAAACACAUCCACACCAAAAGCCAAGAAGAGUGUUUUGGGGGAUAACAUUUGCAAGAAGUCCCUUAGUAUUACAACCUCGCCGUUUAGUUCAGAGGAUGAAGCGGAGGACGACGACAUCUUGCAGUCCUACAUCUCGCCAGAAUUAUCGCGGCACCGAGCAUCCGCAAGCAGGAACAAGAAGGCCUUGGUGAGGUUAGCAAGUGACGCGAACUCCCUGGAAGAAGACAAGGUGGAGGAAAUCAAGGGGACUCAGAAGCCUUCCCAAGGUGCGCUGACUCAGAGGGGGGCCGAACCAGUGGGAAAGACUCCUUUGUGCCAAGGAAAAGAAAGCCAGUCCUCUGGAGGAAUUAAUGUGGCCCCAACGUUUGUGCAGAAGAACACUCAGGGAGUAAAGUUCACAGGAGUUUUGGAUGAGGACGAGGACGACUGGGAUUUGUCAUCUCUGGAAGAGGACAGCCCUUUGCCAGCGAAAGAUGAGAAAGUUAAAAACGGAGCUGCCAUUAAGAAGGAUCAUUCAAACACUGUAUCUGUGGUCCGUCCUGUGGGGAAAUUAACCAAGGCAGAAGGUCUUCAAGAUGCAGAUACAACAAGUACAUUGAAAAGCAGCUUAGUCACUGUCACGGACUGGAGUGACUCUUCAGAUAUCUGAUAGUCCGUCUUUGGAAUGAGAACUUAUCUAUAACAAUCUGAUUUCUGUUAACUUUUCAUAUGCGUUAACAAGGAACUUUUGUUUACAAA